AGACUGAUGGAGAGGCAGAAACGGAAGGCGGACAUCGAGAAGGGGCUGCAGUUCAUUCAGUCAACCCUCCCCCUAAAGCAAGAGGAGUAUGAGGCCUUCCUGCUCAAGCUGGUGCAGAAUCUGUUUGCCGAGGGCAAUGACCUGUUCCGGGAGAAGGACUACAAGCAGGCCCUGGUGCAGUACAUGGAGGGACUGAACGUGGCCGAGUACGCGGCCUCUGACCAGGUGGCCCUGCCCCGAGAGCUGCUGUGUAAGCUGCAUGUCAACCGGGCCGCCUGCUACUUCACAAUGGGCCUGUACGAGAAGGCGCUGGAGGACAGCGAGAAGGCGCUGGACCUGGAUGGCGAGAGCAUCCGUGCACUAUUCCGCAAGGCACGAGCCCUCAACGAGCUGGGACGCCACAAGGAGGCCUAUGAGUGCAGCAGCCGGUGCUCCCUCGCACUCCCCCACGAUGAAAGUGUCACCCAGUUGGGCCAGGAGCUGGCACAGAAGCUGGGGCUGCGAGUGCGAAAGGCAUACAAGAGGCCCCAGCCCUGGAAUGAGGACUGGAACCUCGUGGAAGAGGAAGGAACGGCCAAGGCUUCCUGCUCACCUCAGACAGCAGCUGUUGAGCACACUCCCUCCCCGCCCGGCCGCCUGCACGGCCUGGGAGGAGACCAGGAAUUGGAAACCUUCUCUCUUCUCAGCAAUGGCACUGCGGCUGGCCUUGCCGAUCAGGGAACUUGCAAUGGAUUGGGGUCCAUAGAUGACAUCGAAACAGCCCCUGAGUCCACCUCCUCCACAGACUGCUAUGUAGACCUUCGAGGAUCCCCAGCCCUGCUCCCGUCCACCCCCAUGAUGCCCCUGUUCCCUCACGUCCUGGACCUGCUGGCCCCCCUGGAUACCAGCAGCAGGGCCGCCCCCAGCAUGGAAACUAUGGAUGACUUCUCAGACGGGGACGUCUUCGGGCCAGAGCUGGACACCCUCCUGGACUCACUGUCUCUGGUCCAGGGCGGCCUGCCUGGUGGUGGCGUGCCCAGCGAGCUGCCCCAGCUGAUUCCCGUGUUCCCUGGCGGGACCCCGCUGCUGCCACCCGUGGUGGGCGGCUCCAUCCCCGUCUCCAGCCCACUACCCCCUGCCUCCUUUGGCCUCGUCAUGGACCCCUCCAAGAAGCUGGCUGCCUCUGUGCUGGAUGCCCUCGACCCCCCAGGCCCCACACUGGACCCUCUGGACCUGCUGCCGUACUCGGAGACCCGGCUGGAUGCCCUUGACAGCUUCGGGUCAGCCAGGGGCUCACUGGACAAGCCGGAUUCCUUCAUGGAGGACACCAACUCACAGGAUCAUCGGCCCCCAGGCAGCAUUCAGAAGCCAGUCCCCUCGCCGGAGCCCUCCAUGCCCAAUACCGCCCUGCUUAUCAAGAACCCCUUGGCUGCCACCCACGAAUUCAAGCAGGCCUGCCAGCUCUGCUACCCAAAGACAGGCCCCAGGGCAGGCGACUACACCUACCGCGAGGGCUUGGAACACAAGUGCAAGCGGGACAUCCUGCUUGGGCGACUCCGCAGUGCUGAGGACCAGACGUGGAAGCGCAUCCGGCCUCGGCCCACCAAGACUAGCUUCGUGGGCUCCUACUACCUGUGCAAAGACAUGAUUAACAAGCAGGACUGUAAGUACGGGGAUAACUGCACCUUCGCCUACCAUCAGGAGGAGAUCGACGUGUGGACCGAGGAGCGGAAGGGCACCCUCAACCGCGACCUGCUCUUUGACCCACUGGGAGGUGUCAAGCGUGGCAGCCUCACCAUCGCCAAGCUCCUCAAGGAGCACCAGGGCAUCUUCACCUUCCUCUGUGAGAUCUGCUUUGACAGUAAGCCCCGGAUCAUCAGCAAAGGCACCAAGGACUCUCCGUCUGUCUGCUCCAACCUGGCCGCCAAGCACAGCUUCUACAACAACAAGUGCCUGGUGCACAUCGUCCGCUCCACCUCCCUCAAGUACUCCAAGAUCCGCCAGUUCCAGGAGCACUUCCAGUUCGACGUGUGCCGCCACGAGGUGCGCUACGGCUGCCUGCGGGAGGACAGCUGCCACUUCGCCCACAGCUUCAUCGAGCUCAAGGUCUGGCUGCUGCAGCAGUACUCAGGCAUGACACACGAAGAUAUCGUUCAGGAAUCCAAGAAGUACUGGCAGCAGAUGGAAGCGCAUGCUGGAAAGGCCAGCGGUGGCUCGGGUGCCCUAAGGACUCAUGGGCCCAGCACCUUUGACCUGCAGAUGAAAUUUGUGUGUGGCCAGUGCUGGAGGAAUGGGCAGGUGGUAGAGCCUGACAAGGACCUCAAGUACUGCAGUGCCAAGGCCCGUCACUGCUGGACCAAGGAGCGGCGGGUCCUUCUGGUGAUGUCCAAGGCCAAGAGGAAAUGGGUGUCAGUGAGGCCACUGCCAUCCAUCCGCAACUUUCCACAGCAAUAUGAUCUCUGCAUCCACGCGCAGAAUGGCCGCAAGUGCCAGUACGUGGGGAACUGCUCCUUUGCACACAGCCCUGAGGAGAGGGACAUGUGGACAUUCAUGAAGGAGAACAAGAUCCUGGACAUGCAGCAGACCUAUGACAUGUGGCUGAAGAAACACAACCCAGGGAAGCCCGGGGAAGGGACCCCAAUCAGCUCAAGGGAAGGGGAGAAGCAGAUCCAGAUGCCCACAGACUAUGCUGACAUCAUGAUGGGCUACCACUGCUGGCUCUGUGGCAAGAACAGCAACAGCAAGAAGCAGUGGCAGCAGCACAUCCAGUCUGAGAAGCACAAGGAGAAGGUCUUCACCUCCGACAGUGAUGCCAGCGGCUGGGCCUACCGCUUCCCCAUGGGCGAGUUCCGGCUGUGUGACAGGCUCCAGAAAGGCAAGGCCUGCCCAGAUGGGGACAAGUGCCGCUGCGCCCACGGCCAGGAGGAGCUCAAUGAGUGGCUGGACCGGCGUGAGGUGCUGAAGCAGAAGCUGGCCAAGGCCCGCAAGGACAUGCUUCUGUGCCCGAGGGAUGAUGACUUUGGCAAAUACAACUUCCUGCUGCAAGAAGACGGGGACACUGCUAGUGCCACC